AUGAUUGAGCCAUCAAUUACGUGGAAUCAACAACAAGAAGAUAAUUGUUCAUCAUUAACAGAUACAAAAUGUGACAAACUAAAUGUUAAUACUGUAGAAUUUUCACCAUCAAUUGCGUCAGAAUCAACAAGUGCUUCUACAAUAUCAACAUCUGUUAUUACUAAAAAUACAAUUGAAGAUGAAAAGAAACAAAUAGAAGGACAUAUUAAACUUACAGAAUUAAAUGAUCAACAAGAAAUAAUUCAACGAAAUACCAUAACUGACAUAGUGUCUGACGAUUUAACAACGAAUAAAGCAAGAGCAGUCAAUGAAUUUACAACUCAAAAAGAAGCAAUAAAUAUUGUUGUUGAACGUGAUAUUAUACGGCAACGCGAAACACUUGAUGUUCUUUUUUGUGGACAUAUUGAUGUUGGAAUAUCAACUAUUUAUGCACAACUUAUGUUUUCUAUGGGACACGUUGAUCAACAGACAUUAGAAAAAUAUCGAAAUGAAGCACGUGAAUUGUUAUAUUCAUCUUGGGAAUCAGGUCAAUAUGAAGAAAGAAAAGGACAAGCGGCUGAAGGCCAUCGACAUUGGUUUGAAACAAUGAGAAAACGUUGCAAUGUUCUCGGUCAAAUCAAUUAUAGAUUCUGGAGUAGAAAUCGAAUUGCUACUAUAGGCAAUGUGGAUAUUGCUAUUCUUGUAAUAUCAGCUCGUAAAGGUGAAUUUGAAACUGGUUUUGAACGUGGUGGUCAAACACGUGAACAUGC